AUGAGUGAAAGCGUAGGCUGCGGCAGCACGACCGAAGACGAGACGGAGACGGUGCAUGUUGGCGUCUCUAGCUCAACUAUAAAUGAUGUGCAAUUUGCUUCUAAUAUUGAUAUGAGAUACGGCGGUCAAUACCUUACUCCAGAACAGCUGCCAGAGUUUUGCAACCAGCUUCAUCAUUUGGUGGAAGUGAUUAGAAACAUACAAUCAUAUGCUAAAGUCACUGGGGAAUACCCGAGAGAACUAGAACGUCGUUUAGACAGGGAAGCUCGUGAAGUAGCCGCUCUCGUAGCGGAAGCGCGGCACGCGCGCGAGGCGGCGUCGCGGGCGCGGCUGCAGCGGCGCGCGCUGCGGGCGGAGCGCGCGCGGGUGCUCCUGGACCUCGCCAAGUUGAGGGAUACCGAAAUACGUGAACUCGAAAGCUCGGUGCGUGCGUUGGACCGUAAACUUUACAAAAGCUGGGAAGCUCUACGCGACAGGAACGACCUGGCAGCCUUUGAGCCGUUGCUUGAAGAAGUUAGAAACAAGCAAGCUGCCUUAGAAUGUCUGAUCCGUCUGAUAGAGAAUCGUAAAGCGUGUAUCGGGCGCGCGCCCGCGCCGGCGCCUCACGCACUGCCGAUGUCCACGAAAGAAGGUGGCAUCCAUAAGCGACAGGACUCGCGCCGCGCCAGCAAGCGCCGCAGGAAGGAGGCGGCGCGCGAGCCGCGCUCCGUGCCCUUGUCGCUAGAAGCCAGCCAUCACAACCCGCAACAGGUGACACUGUACAUACAAGGGUCGGGCGCCGCCGUCGGCCCCCUCGAGCUGCCCUCGCGCCCGAGUGUACGCGAUAUAUUGUUUUUCAGUAUCGAU